AUGUCGAACCAGGCGCUUCUUCGUAUCGGAAGGGAGAUCAGUCAGAUCCAGCAGGGAGCUGACCUCUGUAAGUCAAGGACCCCAGGUCUUCUAAGGGCCCCCAUUUUCCUUUUGCCAGUUACUCAUAGGGAUUCUAUCUUAGCACUUGCCGUGGCUUGCCAGGAAGCAGACAUUCGUAACGUCAAGGCUCUCAUAGUUGGGCCGCCUGGAACUCCCUAUGAAUUUGGCUUCUUCGAGGCUAUGACUACCAACGGCGGAAGAUGCCGUUUCAACCCCAAUAUUUAUGCCUCAGGCAAGGAGUAUAUGUAUACUAACAAUGUUCUCAGGACAUGGGAGGGAAGCAGUGGGGAGCAGUGGUCGUCAGCUCAGGGCCUAGAGUCCAUCUUGAUCUCCAUUCAGAGCUUGAUGUCUGCAAACCCAUAUGAAAACGAACCCGGAUUCGAAAACUCCAAAUCUCCCACUGAUCUCAAAGCAAUGGAUAAUUAUAUUGCCAAGAUCCGACAUGAGAAUAUCAGGAUAUCGGUGAUUCAGCGCCUGGAGGAUUGGCUUGGCAUCCUGCCUGAUGGUACAAUUAUGCCGCCUACUGAUGAAAUUACAGAGGACGAGGAAAUGUUUGGGGAUGAAUAUUCCCAGCCCCCGUUUGAGCCGUUUAAAGAUCUAUGCAAACGUCGCUUUCUCUGGUACUAUGAGACUUAUAAGAACACAAUGGCUGAGGCUGAGACAAAGUGCCCUGUUGGCUCACGCUUCCAGAGAAUGCAGUUCGAAUUCACCGGCAAUACAAUGGACGGACAUUUCAACUAUACCGAGCUGACCAAGAGACUAGAUGCAAUCAAGAACGCCAUCAUGAAAGAAACAGAUUCUUGGGCAGAGAUGGGUCGGAAAGCUAUAAAGAACGAAACAAGAAUUGCUGUCAACCUGCAACGGCAGUAUGAACAAAUUGUCGAGGACCUAAAAAAUAAACGACAUUUCACUAUCGAUAUAUCCCUUGAUGAGGGAAAUCCUCUUGUCUGGAUGUUGACUUACUUUGGGCGGCCCAUGACCCAUCUUGAUGGUGGUAUCUUUAGAAUUAAGAUCGCCCUCAGUCCUAAUUUCCCAGAUGAGCAGCCUCGGGUGAUUGUUCAAACCCCUCUAUUCCACCAUCGUAUCUCAAAAGAUGGCAUUCUCUGCUAUUUCCCGAAGAAACUGGAGGAUAUGAAGGCACACAUUGAAGCCAUUGUUGAGGCAUUGGAGGAUGAGUCUCCCCCUUAUGACCCGCGAGCAACUGUCAACCCUGAAUGCUCCAAGCUCUUCUGGGGCUCCGCAGAAGACAAGAAAAAAUACAAUCGCAUGCUAAGACGCUCGGUCCAGCGCAGCAUAGAGUAA